UGAAUACUUAAUUAUUCCUUGAUUUUGAACAGGACAUGGAAUCCAUUGUGGAGACUAUGAUGCAACAACUUUUGUCUAAGGAGAUUCUUUAUGAACCCAUGAAGGAAAUUGGAGAAAGAUACCCACAGUGGUUAGAAGAGCAUAAAGCCAGUUUGAGCAAAGAAGAAUAUGAACGUUACUCUCACCAACAUGAACUGAUAAAGGAGCUUAAUGGAGUCUAUGAAAAUGAGCCUAAUAACUUCACAAGGAUUGUUGACCUCAUGCAAAAAAUGCAAGAAUGUGGUCAGCCACCAAAUGAUAUUGUGCAAGAGCUUGCUCCUGAAUUUGAUUUUUCUAAUCUUGGCCAGCUAUCCCCAGAGAUGCAAGAGUCACCGCAAAACUGUUGUAUAAUGUGAGGCAAUAUCCUGUUGCAGACUUGGUUUCCUUCUAUUCAAUAGAUAUUCUUUUAAUACAUUGCUGGAAAAUAAAGUAGCUUCCUUGAACUUUUAAGUCAUUUGAUCCUUCAAGAAAUUACGUGCUCAAUGUUUUGAGCGUAGUUUUCAUAUUAAGCUUGUUUAUGAUUAUGGGGAAAGGGUUUAUGAGUUAUGACCAAGGUUUGGUGUGCGACUUGCUGGGUGAUUCUUUGCAAAAUAUUGGUUUACAUUCAAAGGGUUACCUCAAAAGCACCGCAUAUAUAAAUACAAUCAUCCUUUGAGUAA